GAAUUCUGUGCUGCCCUCAAUACACUCUUCAAUAUGUUGGGAGACAUGCACAGUUGGUUUGUUUUCUGUAUCAACCCAAAUGACUCCCAACUCCCGAAUCAGCUCAAGGGACAAUCAGUCAAAGGGCAGGUACACAGCUCAGGGUUGGUCAAGGUUGCAAAGAGGAAUGCAUGUGUGUUUGAGGUCAGUAUGACUCUGGACAAAUUUUGUCAGAGGUAC